AUGGCAAGACAAAAACUCAAAACCAGCAUUGCAAUUGUUGGCUGCGGUGAUGUAGGCGCCACGCUCGCGUACACCCUCAUCCUCCAGCCCAUCUGCAGCGAAGUGAUCCUGGUCGACCCCAAGAAAGAGCUAUUGGAGGCACAAGUACGAGACUUGGGAGAUGCCACAUACCGCGGUGGAAGUGGCGUAAAGGUGCGCGCUGGCGACCACAAGGACGCCGGACAAGCAGACAUCGUCGUAAUCACGGCUGGCGCAAAACAGAAAACAGGUGAAUCGCGCCUCUCCCUCUUAUCCCGGAACCUGCACAUUCUCUCCUCAAUUUUCAGCGCCAUGUCGCCCAUCAGCCCACACACCAUCCUGCUCCUCGUCGCCAACCCCGUGGACAUUCUGACCUACUUCGCACGCAAGCUCUCCGGGCUUCCGGAAUCUCAGGUCCUCGGGACCGGAACCUCGCUCGAUUCCGCACGCCUGCGCGGCAUUCUAGCCCAGAAGACUGAAGUAGCGCCGAACAGCAUCGACGCGUAUGUACUCGGCGAGCAUGGAGACAGUCAGUUCAUCGCGUGGAGUAGCGCUCAUGUGGGGACGACACCGCUUAAGCUUGUCUUGGGGGAGAAGUUGGACGAGGCGUUUAAGGCGGAGAUCGCGAAUUAUACGAAGGGCGCUGCGGGGAGCAUCAUUGCUGCGAAGGGGUGUACCGCAUAUGGUAUUGGAAACAUAGCAGCCUCGAUCUGCAAGUAUAUUCUCUUUGACUCGCGCUCUGUGCGCCCUCUGUCUUUCUAUCAGCCUGAGCUGGGCUGCUGCUUGAGCAUGCCGGCUAUCGUGGGUCGCAAGGGCAUCAUCAAAGCUAUGCCCACGGAUCUGGACGAACAUGAGCAGGCGGAGCUCAAGAAAUGUGCGCAUGGGUUGCGAGGCGUCAUCGAGGGUGCGGAGAAGGAGCUCGCAGCCGACCAGGAGCUGAAGAAGGCGUUGGAGGAAGACAAGGGUGCUUAA